GCAUGACCAUCACGCUUCACAUUCACAUGCAACAACACAAAGCGAGAGUCCCAUCCGUCUCUCACUCUCAACUCCCGAGAGCACACAAGAGUAGACCCAAUGGCCAAUGGCGAUGGCAAUGGAAUCACGGGAGCCCCGCACAUCGCUGCACUGCCAUGGGACGCCCGUUGAAAACCCCAAGGAGCUGGAGCCGAUGAAGUAGCCGGCGAUCCCAGCCCGACCUCGAUCCUGUACGUUUGAACUUUGAACCACACCACUCGAUCGUCAUCUUCGCUCGCUCGUCGGCCAAUAAGCAACAUGUCGUCGUCGGUGGUGUCGUCGGAGGAGAUGGCGGCCGUGAAGACGUCGUCGAACGGGGUGUGGCAGGGCGACGACCCGCUGCACUUCGCGUUCCCGCUGCUUAUCCUGCAGGCGCUGCUGAUCCUGGUGCUGAGCCGGUUGCUGGCGUUCCUGCUCCGUCCGCUGCGUCAGCCCAAGGUGAUCGCGGAGAUCGUGGCGGGGAUCCUGCUGGGCCCCUCGGCGCUGGGCCGCAACAAGGCGUACCUCCGCGCGCUGUUCCCGCCGUGGAGCGCGCCAGUGCUGGAGUCCGUGGCCAGCCUCGGCCUCCUCUUCUUCCUCUUCCUGGUGGGGCUGGAGCUGGACCUCCGGUCCGUGCGCCGCAGCGGGCGGCGCGCCUUCGCCAUCGCGGCGGCCGGCAUCUCGCUCCCGUUCGCGUGCGGCGUGGGCGUGGCCUUCGUGCUCCGCGCCGCCGUCCCGGGCGCCGACCAGGCAGGGUACGCGCCGUUCCUCGUCUUCAUGGGCGUGGCGCUCUCCAUCACGGCGUUCCCCGUCAUGGCGCGCAUCCUGGCCGAGCUGAAGCUCCUGACCACCCCGAUCGGGGAGACGGCGCUGGCGGCCGCCGCCUUCAACGACGUGGCGGCCUGGGUGCUGCUGGCGCUGGCCGUCGCUAUAUCAGGGUCUGGCGACGCCGCGGGGACGAGCCAGCAGCAGCAGCACCGCAGCCCGGUGGUGUCGGUGUGGGUGCUGCUUUGCGGCGCGGCGUUCGUGGCGGCGUGGAUGGUGGCCGUGAAGCCGGCGAUGGCGUGGGUGGCGCGGCGCGCGGACGCGGCGGGGGACAGCAGCGAGGCGUGGGUGGCGGUGACGCUGGCGGGGGUGCUGGCGUCCGGGUUCGCGACGGACGUGAUCGGCAUCCACGCCAUCUUCGGCGCCUUCGUGUUCGGGCUCACGGUGCCCAAGGAAGGCGGGUUCGCGGCGCGCGUGACGGCGCGCGUGGAGGACAUCGUGUCGGAGCUCCUCCUGCCGCUCUACUUCGCCUCCAGCGGGCUCAAGACGGACGUGGCCACCGUGCGGGGCGGCGAGGCCUGGGCCAUGCUCGCGCUCGUCAUCGGCACAGCCUGCGCGGGCAAGAUCGUCGGCACCUUCGGGGUGGCCAUGGCGUGCGGGAUGGGGGCACGGGAGGCGCUCGUGCUCGGCGUCGUCAUGAACACCAAGGGCCUCGUCGAGCUCAUCGUGCUCAACAUCGGCAGGGAGCGCAAGGUUCUGAACGAGGAGAUAUUCGCCAUCCUGGUGCUCAUGGCGCUGGUGACCACGUUCAUCACCACGCCCACGGUGAUGGCUAUCUACAAGCCCGCGCGCGCCGCCGGCCGCAGGCGCCUGCACCAGCGCAAGCUCCAGGGCCCCGACCCCUCCGCGCCGUCCUCGCCGUCCGCCUCGGCCGGCGCCGGCGCCGCGAUGGAGCUGCGCGUGCUGGCCUGCAUCCACGGCGGGCAGGACGUGCCCGCGGUGAUCAACCUCAUCGAGACCAUCCGUGGCCACACGCAGCCACGCCGACUCGUCAAGCUCUACAUCCUCCGCAUGGUGGAGCUGACGGAGCGCACCUCCUCCAUCCUCAUGGCGCGCGCCGCGCGCCGGAACGGGCUGCCGUUCCUGCGCCCGCGCCGCGCGGGGGAGCCGCACGACCAGGUGGACGUGGCCUUCGACACGUACGCGCAGCUCGGCCACGUCCACGUCCGCGCCAUGGCCGCCGUGUCCGCGCUCCACACCAUGCACGACGACGUCACCGCCGUGGCCGAGGACAAGCGCGUCUCCCUCGUCGUGCUGCCGUUCCACAAGCGCCACACGGGCGGCGGCGACGACGUCGAGAACCUCGGGCCCGAGUGGCGCGCCGUCAACCGCCGGAUCCUCCGCGAGGCGCCCUGCUCCGUCGCCGUCCUCGUCGACCGCGGCUUCGGCGGCGGGGAGCAGGUCAGCUCGGAGCAGGUGGCGCACGGCGUCUGCGUCGUGUUCUUCGGCGGGCCCGACGACAGGGAGGCGCUCGAGCUCGCCGGGAGGAUGGCCGAGCACCCCGGCGUGCAGGUCACCGUCGUGCGGUUCGUUGAUGGCAAGGCCGGUAGCGAGGAGCAGUCCGAGGUCACGCUGCGCCCGUCCCACACCAAGAACGCCGACCGGAGCUACACGUUCUCCACGGCCGUCGUCGACGCCGGCAAGGAGAAGGAGCUGGACGAGGCGGCUGUGGCGGAGUUCCGGCAGAGGAUGGGGUCCCUGGUGCGGUUCGAGGAGCGGGUGGUGGUGGGCAACGUGAUCGAGGAGGUGGUGUCGAUCGGGAAGAGCAGGGAGUACGGCCUGGUGGUCGUCGGCAAGGGCCGGCUGCCGUCCGCGAUGGUGGCGCAGCUCGCCGUCGUUCCGGCAGAGCACCCGGAGCUCGGGCCCAUCGGCGACGCGCUCGCGUCGUCCGGCCACGGGGUGACGUCGUCGGUGCUCGUGGUCCAGCAGCACGACAUGAGCAACGCCGACGAGGUGCCCGUCUCUGUGGUGGUCGACGGCCGUCCUCAGGACGGCGAGUUCGCCAAGGACAUGGCGGAGCCGUGAGAGCCUUGCUCCAGUAGGACGACGAUGGCUAAAAGUACUUCUAUAGUUGUUCUUCGGUAAUAAGCAUGUAGUACUAAUCAUUAUUGCUAAGUGUGUCUCGGUUUUCUUUUCACAAGCAUUGCUGCUGCUAAUACACUAUUAGUAUAUACUGUAUUCACUCGUUAGUUUUUAUUUACCGAUGCUAAUAAUACCCAAAUGUAUAAAUGUUUGUUCGGACAGCUGAGACAGGCAGAGCUUGAUCCUUUUUCAGACUGAAGUAUUAUACACUUUUUUUGGA